ACCGUGUUGAUAGCUUAGCCCAUCUUGGCUUAACUAUGCAACAGCUCUGUUAGAAUAUUUUUUCACGUAAAUAGAUAAAAAAAAACUGUUUGCUUCAAACGGACCGAGUCGUUUGUGUGUCGUCUCAGUGCCCAGCAACACUGAACAAUACCAAAUACUGUACUUAACAGCCGCUGGUGCCAGUUAAGGUUAAAAAAUGAUCGCAUGUCUUCUGUUGUGGUAGGAAACCAAGACAUCGAGAUUCUUAAAGACUUUUUGUUGACAACAUUGAGAUCUGCGUUGAGAUGUAGAGCUGCAGACGUUGCUUUCUGCCGUUUCAAUGGGGAAAAGGAAGGACAUGAUUCACCCCAGGUUUCUUGAUGAAAGCAGCUCCAGCCUGCACAGCAUCCACAAGCGGAAACACAAAAAACACAAGAAGCACAAGAAGAAACACCACAGCUUUGCCGAGGCCCCGGAGCCAGAACCCAUCCCUGUCCCAAUCCUUCGGCCUCCGUCUCAGUUUAGACUGAAGAUCAAACUGGGAGGUCAGACUCUAGGCACCAAGAGUGUUCCCACCUUCACGGUCCAUCCUGGCGUGGCUCGUCCUCCCUCACCAUUGAUGAUCCUUGAUAAUGAUGUGGACGACGAUGAUGAUGAUGAUGACGAUGAGCCCUCUGUGCCUCUGGAGCAGUAUCGAGCCUGGUUGGAUGAAGACAGUAAUAUGGCUGCAUCCCCUCUGCCAGACAUCGACUCUGACUCCAUGCUGGGUGGGCCUGUGGACGAGGAGGAGAGGUGGCUGGAUGCUCUGGAGAAGGGAGAGCUUGAUGACAACGGAGAGCUAAAGAAAGAGAUCGACGAGUCUCUGCUCACCGCCAGACAGAAAGCCCUCCUGCACAAGCAGCAGAGUCAACCUCUGCUGGAGCUACCCAUGGGAUACAAGGAGAAAGAGAUGACGGCAGAGAUGAUGCAGAAACGGGAGGAGAGAGCUCGGAAGAGACGUCUGCAGGCCGCCAAGAAGGCGGAGGAGAACAAGAACCAGACAAUAGAGAGACUGACAAAAACGAGCAAGGCCAAGAUCAAAAGCCUAAAAGAGAGGAAGUCCAAGCAGAAUCAGUGUCCCAUGAUUCGCUACAGCGACUCAGCACAGGGAAUCGCUAUCUCUUUCCCCACAGGGGUCCCCUCGCCGGUGCCGGCACCUCCAGUUCAUCCACCAUUGGCUCCGUUGAACUGCGGCGUGAGUGGGUGCACCAACUUCAAAAAGUACUCAUGUUCUAAGACCGGGGUUCCUCUCUGCAGCCUGGAGUGUUACAGGAAGAACCUGCAGCUUGUGCAGAGCGCAGCUUGAACCUGAUUGGUCUGCAUACUGAUGAAAUAUUCGUCAGAUACCCUGAUUGGAACGGUAUAUUUUUUUUAUUUAAAAUAUUUUGUGAGAAAUGAAUGAAUUUUUAGUUUGGAGUGACGUCUCAACAUGGUCUUUUUGUUUGUCUGCUUUUAACCAACUUAAAUGCUACAAAUGUUUGUACCAAAAUGUAACCAAAUAUUUAUGAUUUCUAUCAUCAUCAUGGCUACAGAGAGAAAUCUUUCUAAGUUCUGCAAAAGGUAGUCAACGUUUUGGUUAUUGUUAAAAUUGUAAAUUCUGAAUUAUGUUUAAAACUCAACACAAUCAAGUGAAUUUAUCUUGAAAUAAUAAAAGGUUGUGGCAUUUUAA